AUGUCAGGUGGCCGUUCAUUAAGGUCCCGUCUACGUGGCCUCUUGGGGUGGGCAGUUAAAGAACAACACGAACCUCUUUUAUUAAUUGCUCUAAAAUCGAAAGAGGAUUUGGAGGCUAUCUGCGAUCUGCCACUAAUUAACGAAAAGCUUCCUGCGCUCCACCUUGCAUCGAAACUUGGUUAUUAUGCAAUGGUUAAAUUGCUAUUGGAAGUUUGUAACGUAAACACGCUAGAUGCAGAGGGGAAUACUGCCCUGCACUACGCUGCUACCAAAGGCCAUAUCGGUAUCGUGGGGAUAAUUUCAUUCCGAAAGGGAUCGAAACUAGCCAUCCCAUCGGCGGCUGGGCACACACCGCUCUGGUUAGCUGCCAGCAACGGAUUUGAGAAUAUUGUGUCGAUGCUAAUUCGAGCACGGCCCAACGAUGUGGAAUUCAAAAGAGCGAAUCUGCAUGCGUCGCUCACACCGCUCGCAGAGAGUGCCAAAAACGGGCAUUAUGCGGUAGUGGAAGUGCUUCUGGCAUAUGGCGCUAGCGUGGAUGUUAAGGACCUUUCUGGUAAAACAGCCCUAUCCUGGGCUGCGGUGAUGGGACACGAGGUGGUAGUGAAGAUACUGCUUAAACACGGCGCAGAUCCUGACCAUAGAGAUCAGAACUUUUCCACCCCACUAUCAUAUGCUGCUGCUUUGGCAAAGAGGCAGCAGGCAAUUAUGAAACUGCUGCUUGAAAAGAGUGUUGAUCCAGACUGUGAGGAUAUAUCUCGUCGCACGCCCUUAGCGAUUGCUGCUUCUUCAAGAAAGGAGCCGGAGGCUGUUGUGAAACUUCUACUUGACAGAGGUGCGCGCCCUUGUCAUAAGGAUGUCGAUGGCCGUUCACCCCUAUCGAGGGCUGCAAUGAGCGGGCAUGACAGGUCUGUGAAAUUGAUGCUUGAAGGGGAUUUUGACUGUGAUGAGAAAGAUAAAGGUGGCCGCACACCACUAGCAUGGGCUUCAUUUCAUGGACAUGAGAAGGUAGUAGAAUUGCUGCUUACAAGGGGGGCAGACCCCGAUAACAAAGAUCACAAUGGACGUACGCCCGUAUCAAAGGCUGCGAAAAGGGGCCAUGUGGGCGUUGUGAAGCUCCUGCUUGAAAGCCGCAUCAACCCUCUCAAUUACUCCAAGCAUCACGAUGAAUACACGCCUCUUUCAUAUGCUACACGAAACGGACAUGUGGAGGUAAUGAAACUUCUCCUUGAGAAAGGCCAGUAUGGAUGUAAGAAAAUGCCAAAGCAGGACGUCUUUUGUUAUGCUUCAGAAGAAGGUCUUGUGCUGCUGGUGAAGAUAUUGCUUGGAAUUGGGGGUUGA